UUUGACCCUCAGGGCGUUCCGUAGUCCCAGACAGAAGACAGUUGUUAGCCUCCAGUGCUACCACAGUGACAGCUAUCAGCCGCUUUAGUCUGCAGACAGUCGGACAAAUUAGUAGAAUAAAGACAGUAAUUCAUAUUUAUUUUGUAGCUGUGCUGUAGCUGCGUUUAAUGUAGCACACUGAAGGUCAUCUCGUGUAAUUAGCUUCACUUAGCAGGCUAGUGUUCGGUAGCUAGUUAGCCAGUUAGCUAACGUCGACGUCACAAGAAGAGAAUCGGAAACGAGACGCGCUGGUCGGUUGAUAAACGGAGCUGCUGUCUGUGUCUGUGUCCGUGUCCGUGUCUGUCUGUGAUAUAAACCAUCAGCAGUGACACAAUGAAUGUCGCUAAAAGUGGUUAUCGCGUCUUUUCCGCUAACUCCUCCGUAGCAUGCACAGAGCUGGCCAAGAAGAUAACAGAGCGGCUGGGAGUUGAACUGGGGAAGUCUGUGGUCUUUCAGGAGUCUAACAGAGAAACUAGAGUGGAUGUGAAAGAAUCAGUUCGUGGACAAACUAUCUUCAUCAUCCAAACUAUACCGCGAGAUGUCAACACGGCCAUCAUGGAGCUGCUGGUUAUGGCCUACGCCCUCAAGACGUCUUGCGCAAAGAACAUCAUCGGAGUCAUCCCUUACUUUCCCUACAGCAAACAGUGCAAGAUGAGAAAGAGGGGCUCGAUUGUGAGCAAGUUGUUAGCUUCGAUGUUAGCGAAAGCAGGAAUAACACACAUCAUCACCAUGGACUUGCAUCAGAAGGAGAUCCAGGGCUUCUUCAGCUUCCCAGUGGACAACUUGCGUGCCUCCCCUUUCUUGAUUCAGUACAUCCAGGAAGAGAUUCCUGAUUACAGAAAUGCCAUCAUUGUGGCAAAGUCCCCAUCAGCAGCUAAGAGGGCUCAGUCCUAUGCAGAACGCCUGCGUUUGGGACUGGCUGUGAUUCACGGCGAGGCUCAGUGUUCAGAGUCCGACAUGGCUGACGGAAGGCACUCCCCACCGUCUGUACGCAACACCACAGGACACACAGGACUGGAGCUUCCUUCAGGCAAACAACAAGCUCCGUUCCCUGGCAUAGAGCUCCCAAUGAUGAUGGCCAAGGAGAAACCUCCCAUAACUGUAGUCGGAGACGUGGGAGGCAGAAUUGCCAUCAUUGUGGAUGACAUUAUAGAUGAUGUCGGAGACUUUGUUGCAGCUGCUGAGAUCCUGAAAGAGAGAGGAGCCUAUAAGAUUUAUAUCAUGGCCACACACGGCUUACUGUCUGCUGAUGCUCCACGCCUCAUUGAGGAAUCCGCCAUCGAUGAGGUGGUGGUGACCAACACAGUCCCCCAUGAAGUGCAGAAGCUCCAGUGUCCCAAAAUCAAGACUGUGGAUGUCAGCAUGAUCUUGGCCGAGGCCAUUCGCCGCAUCCACAACGGAGAGUCCAUGGCCUACUUGUUCCGCAACAUCACCACGGACGACUAAAGAGUGUCAGAGAGGGUGAGGUGGGUGUGAUAGCGACUUGAAGGCAGGUGCACUUCUUCCCAGUGCUUUAAAAAAAGACAUGCUAAUGCCAUGUUCCAUGUGUUGUUUAUGUCAGGAUUACAUGUGUCAUAAUUCAAUUGAAAGAAGUUUAGAUGAUAAGAAUUACCCAACGUUAUUUAACUUUUUAUCAAAAGGUGUAAAAAAUAUUGCUUUUGUUAAGUUGAGAAAUGUUGUUGAGAAAAGAUAGCAAACAAGUGACUUUCACCUCAUUCAGUCAUAUUUUCAAGCCACUCCUCGUCUUGCUGCUGUUUCCAACUUGAAAAAAAAAGAUGCUUUGUAUUUAAAAAAAAGUUAUUUUGUCAUACACUGUGGUACCUCAUAUCUAACGACUGACUGAGUUUCAACUGCAAAAAGAGAAGAGAAAAACGUCUCCAGUAACAGUACUUUAUGCUUUACCAACCAUUUUCCAGUCGCUCUUGCUGGCCCUCAUAAUCAGGGCUGCUCAGCACUUAAUGGGGUGUGUUGUUUCCAACCACAUAGAUAACAACACAAGCUCCUGCUUAUUGGUGCCCAAACGAUAUUUUUAUGCAGCUUUAUUUGCACCAUUACGGGAAUGUUUGCUAAAAUGUCCUAUGUGAUACACGACGUUUCUGUAGAAUGAAUGGAUCUUCAUUUUUAUAUAGUAUAUAUUAGAGGCUCAGUUCAACUAAAUUAUAACAAAAUACAUUUUCCUACUUACUCUUAGUUGUAUGUAAGAGGAUAGUGCUGCUGUUUUGAGAAAUCUGCUUCUGUGGUUCCUGCUGUUACCCUGGUAGAAUGGAGGUUAAUGUAAUUAAAUUUAUGGUGCUCAAAGUAUCAAUAUACUAUGAAAAAGUGAAAUGUUAGGCUCAAAGAAUUGAAAAUUGAUAUUUAAAAAACUGUACAAUGUUCACAACAAGGUCUGCAGAUUCUUCUGAGUAACUUAACUUUCAUUAUUUCUGGAAAGGCGAGUAUUUAAAAGAUUUGAAUUCCAUUCACUUCCAUUGUAUUACACCUGUAGUGCAUGGUUAACGUAUAUUGUAGUAAUUGGGAUUUUUUUUUGUCAUUAUUACUAUUAUUAUUUUGUUGUUAUUUGGAUGGACUGACCCUUUAAUAUGCUCUAUCUCUCUAGCAGUAGACUGAACAUACCUACUCUAAUAUGAUGCUUAUUUUGAAUGGUGAUGAAGGAAAGAUGUAAACUGACAUCACAUUGCAAAUAAAAAAGACCGCCAUUGUUGUAGCCAAUUAACUACGAACCAUGGAUAUUAAACAUUACUGCCGACUGUUUUUCAAAGCAGAGUAAAGAUUUACUUCAUGUGUUUUGUUUUCUAAGCAGUCAGUGGUUUUCCUUAGUUUUAGUUUUCUAUGAAAAUCAACUUCAACAGUGAAUCUCCUGCUGGGUUUUACAGUAUUGUUAUCUGGUGAUGUGACUGAAAGGCUGCUUGUGUGCUACUGUUGGAGUUAGCAAUCCACACUCUAUAAUCUUCUUAAAUGCAAGCAGCAGCCAACUUCUCAAUCUGCUCUUGUUAAUUUUUUGCCCCUCUGAUUUAGAGUUUUUGGUCAGUAUGAGUAACUUGAGUGUUACACCAACGCUUGAAUGUACCAGAUAAGUGGUCUUUGAACUGAUCCAUGCUUUAGGUGCAUCACUUUACAAUAACAACUUUGACAAAAUUCAAUAUGGUGGGCUACUUGAGUUGUUUUUUGUACUGUAGUAAAGUGAAAGGAAAUCAGUUUGGCUGCUUGGAAUAGGGAUGCACCGAUGCCACCUUUUUCAGACCAAGUACAAGUUCUUACAUUUGGGUACUUGCCGAUAUAGACUACUCAUAUGAGUACUUAAUAAUACCAUUAUAGUUCUCAGAAUGACUUUGAAAACAUGUUUUAUUUUCCUCAGAUGUUCCUCACUUUCUGACUGUAACAAAUUAAAUAUGCAACAUGACAAUACAACUAUAUACAACUGACAUUUUAACAUUCAACUUUGUGUUUUCCCUAUACGAACAGACCAUAGUUUGCAGUAGGGAUGUUAAUGAUUAACCAUUUAAAUAUUAAAAAUUAAAAAAAAAACCUGAGCAAAACUCAGAGGAGUGGCUUGUCAUUUAAAGGAGAAUAACUGGUCCACCUUAAAGGUCAGCCCACCUUAAGUGUGCCUGAGCCGGAGUUGUUGGUAGUUUCGGGGCUAACAUUACAGCAGGCUUGCAAUACUGGCGGAAACCCUGACUGAUUCUGUUUCAACUUUUGCGCUACAUCUCUUUUUUGGCACCCCCUGCAACCCCCAACGCUGCAGCCCAAACGCACCACCCACAUUCACAAUGAAUGGGAGGAUUGGCGUUUUCGCCGCACCAUCGGAUCUGGUGUGAAUGCAGACUUAGGCGCUUCAACCCCUGCAUGCAAGUCACUAAUCUUGACGGUUAACAUCACGUUGCCGUAAAGUGGUAUCAGGUGCAGUUGUAUUGGAGUAGUUUUACGAGUACUAUCGGACCUAAUUCUAGUAUCGGUGCAUCCCUAGCUUAGAAGAUAGGACAUGGGCACUAAAAAAAAGAGAAAUUGCCAGCAGUAAUGUAAAAUAUGUGCAUUCUUAGUAAAUUGGCAAAAACACCAGUAUGGUCUUGAUGUUUGUUUAUAAAUUACGGUGGUAUUUCCCCGUAAAAACUUGUGAUUUGAACACACGCACCUUUUUGUGCUCUCUGAGUAAAUUUCAAAGUGAUGCUUAAGAGAAAAUGAGUGUAUUUCUAUACCGAUUGAGCCUUUUGCUCAGGUGAAAUAUACUUAAUAAGCCAAUGCACAAUUGUUUGUUUCUAUGUUUUUGAUGGUUUGUUCCGAUUUCACGUCUUGAAGAAAGUAUUGUCUUCCAUACAACGCUACUGUACACCUUUGCUUUUUACCAUUUUUGUUUGUUAUAGAGAAUGGAUUUCUCCAUAUGUGCUCAUGGAUGGCUAUUUGAGAGCUAGAUGCUCACGCUGGUGUUGUGUUGGCACAGAGUUGGAGGUUGUCGGUAUCAAAUGCUGUUGCUCCUAAUGUCUCCUCUGUAUUCACUGUUCUCCUGACUUGUCUGUGAUGUUGAGGACGUAUGAUUUAGACCAUAGAUAUAAAACAGCUUUAUAAAACUGUUAUAUCCAUGAUUUAGACACUAACACCCUCCUGUACGACGUCUGUCAAUGUGUAUGAAAAUAAAACCGUUGCCUCUU